AUGAGUCACUGGCCUGAGUCAAACUGGACAACCCCACUGGAAUUUGUGAUCCUGGGUUUUUCUGGGUGGCCCCAGGAGCUACAGGUGCUGCUGUUUGCCCUCCUCCUGCCACUCUAUCUGGCCACACUGGCAGGAAAUCUGCUCAUCCUGGGCCUGGCUAUCACAGAUCCAGCCCUGCGUACCCCCAUGUACUUCUUUCUGGGGGCGCUGUCUGCCGUGGAGGUUGCCUACACCUUGGUGCUGACUCCACGCAUGCUUGCUGGCUUCCUCCUAUCUCGUGGUGGCCAGGCAGUGGCCCCAGCCACCUGUGCAGCCCAGAUGGGCCUUUUUGUGGCCCUGGGGGGCUCUGAGUGCCUGCUGCUGGCGGCAAUGGCCCUGGACCGCUACCUGGCCAUCUGCCGCCCCCUCUACUACCCUCAGCUCAUGACCCCUGGGCUCUGCUGGCGCCUCCUUGCUUCCUGCUGCUUUGGGGGCUCUGUCCUGGCCAUCGGCCUCACCACAGUCAUCUUCCAGUUGCCCUUCUGCCAUGGGGGCUUAGUCAACCAUGUCUUCUGUGACCUUCCCGCGGUGCUGCUGUUGGCUUGUGGGAACCGGGACUUGCAGGAACACGUCCUGUUAGCAGCUUGCCUGCUGCUGCUGGUGCUGCCUCUGGUCCUGAUCUUGCUCUCCUAUACCAGGGUGCUGGUGGUCAUCCUGGGGGUGGGUGGGGCUGAAGGCCGCCGGAAGGCUUUCAAUACCGUGGCGUCACACCUCACCGUGGCUGUGCUCCACUAUGGCUGUGCCACAGCCAUGUACUCCAGACCCUUGAGCAGCCGCUCACUGGAGGAGGACAAACUGGUAUCGCUCAUCUACAUCAAUCUCACACCGCUGCUCUACCCCGCCAUCUACACGCUGAGGAACCGGGACAUGCAGGGUGCACUGCUGCGGGUACUCAGCCACAGGACACCAGGGACCUUGGACGAAGCUGACGUCACCUAG